AUGCUUGCGACGGUUAUAUUAUUGUCAAUAUCAUGCGGAUACGUCCAAGGUUCCGUUAUCCACCCGGUUGCUGUUCCGGGUACAGCACCAGUGGUAACUGCUGCAAGCUCACAAUAUUUCGAAAGAACAUUUAACCGUUUAGUGCCUGCUCCAGCAAAUCCAGUGAUUCCUGUAGCUCCUGCUUUCCCUGUUUUACCAGCCCCGCCAAUUCUUCCCAGCAUCCCUAUUGCUCCCGCAUCACCAGUCGUAAUUGAUGCAAAAACAACGACUUCUUUACCUGUGAGCCCUACAGCAGUUCAACCACAAAGUUCUGCUGUGGAUCCUAAUGUGGCUAUAGCAAUUGCAACGGCGCAUGCUGCAGCACCAGUGGCUACAAUACUUCUUCCACCAUAUCCAUUUGGCUUUCCACCAACAUUUGGAUUUAUACCGCAAACUCAACAACCGUUGCCAUCAACUUCUGAAAAUCCUAUAAAUAAUAGAGAAACUACGACACGAAGAACAACAACGGUACAAUUGCGGACAACAGAACGUGAACAAGAGGCCACAACACCAGUACCAUCAAAUAUUGACAACAGCUUCGCGCAACCUUUACCGUCCAAUCAAAAUGUGAACUUCAGACAAUACUUAGCACCACCUGCACCUGAAUCUCUUCCUCCUCCUACUUCAAGGCCGCAGAAAGUUAAAACAAAUGUAGAAGUAGUUCCUGUACCACUAGCUUAUAUCGCUCCUCCGCCACUUGACUCAUACCACCAUCAUCAUCAACAUCAUCAUCAUCAUCAUCACCAUCAUCAAGCUUUAAAAGUUGUUCCACAUAUCCAUACAUUUAUACCAAAGACAAAAAUAAUUAUAAGGCCAGCGACUUCUUCAUAUAGAGUAAGAACUGUGAAAGUUCCUGUAGGUUUUGCGACAUAUGGCCCGCCCAAGUUGGUUAAAAAGAUAGUGAAAAGAUAUCCUCAGAAUAUAGUAGCCUCAAGGUCACGUGAUAUUGAAUCUACAACUUUUCAUUCGAUAAACAGACCUUUUACCAAACCACCUAGAGUA